AUGUAUCAGGACAAGAUGAAGACGCUCAACCGCAUCUUGGCGGUGGACAGACUGGCGAAAAAGAAGUCCAACUUUAGCCUGGAUAAUCUAGUAACCGGAAAAUACCACUUCAUUUCCGUGCUUCCCAAGAUCGUGCGCGACUAUAACAACACCAAACACAGGACGUUGGGCAUCAGCCCGUCCGAAGUCACGCCCGAAAACAAAUUCGAGCUGUUCAAUAAGAUAAAUGGAAAGCCUGUCGUACCCCCCGUGAAAAAGAAGCUCAAAGUGGGGGAUAAAGUGAGGGUCCUACUACACAGAAAAGGUUUUCAUAAGAGCUCGGAAGGGACUUGGUCGUCUCAGAUUUUCACCGUCUCCCACCUGAGAGACACCUCCCCUCCCGUCGAGCACCUGCAAGAUUACCGGGGUAAGGAAGUGGAGGGAUCUUUCUACCCCCGAGGAGGUACUCAUCGUAAUCCGAGACGCCAAUUAGCCUUGGCCAGUAACAAAAGUGCUGAGAAAGAAGAAGAAGUGAAUGGUCUGAGUUUCUCCUUGGUUCGCUGGUUCGGUUACGACAAAGAACACGACAGUUGGGUUCCGAGCAGCGACGUGGUGAAGAUUGGGAAAUGA